CUGCCUUCCGCAUUUCACUUGCCAGCCAUCUAACCUGCCUAGAUCUCUGAACCGUGGUCGUCCUUGUUGGAUUCCAGGGGAAACUGAGAACAGGAUGUGGUGGGAGCAGUCUAGGUGUUGGUGUGUAGUACAGGCCGACCUCGAAUUCGCGGUGAUCCUUCUGCCUCUGCCUUCCCAGUGCUAGGACUGCAAGCGUGCACUACUACACAGUCAGAAAUCAUCAUUUAACUCCCCUGAUGUCAGCCUCAGUCCCUCAAGGCCAUAACUGGGCCCGACAAGUAAGGAAGGAAGAGGAAGAAGACGACCCACUGGACCAGCUCAUUUCCCGUUCUGGUUGUGCUGCUGCACACUUUGCGGUACAGGAGUGCAUGGCUGAGCACCAGGACUGGCGGCAGUGCCAGCCACAGGUGCAGGCCUUCAGGGAUUGCAUGAGGGAACAGCAGGCAAAGCGACAUGAGGAGCUGCAGCGAAAGAAAGAACAAGCCAGUGCCCACCCCUGAGACCGCAAACCACCUGUGCCAAGAAGAUGGCUCUGCAGAAAUCAGCAUCCAGAGAGAGCCUGGGAGGAAGAAACCCCAGAGUAUGAGCCAGGAGAUGUAAAACCUGUAGGUUUGGGGGCUUGAGAAUCACACAUCAGGAGUUUGGACAUGGCUAUCAUAAAGACCUGUGUAAUUUCUUUUUUUUUUUUUUUUUAAAUACUAGGGAUCGAACUCGGACCUUGCACUUGCCAGGCAGGUGCUUAUGCUACAGAGCUACAUUCCCAGCUAAGACCUGUUAUAUUUUAAUGGUCAGCUAUCACACUUUUCACCCAUCUUGGAAAACGAGAGAGUGGUAUAUAGGGCAUGCCUCCCCCACACACCACCUCUUGGGUCAGUGUGCCUAUUACUGAGAUGAUUAUAGGGACAUUUUAAUUUCACAAGUAAAUUCACAACCUAAAGAUCUAAUCGGGUCUAUCUCUUCAGUCAUGGGUUUAACAGCAAGUGUUUCUGAGGAACUAUGUUGGAACUAAUGUGAAGAAUAAUGUGACCUGUGCCUUCAUUUUGCUUGGGAGUCGAGUUUGAGAGAUCGGAAUAAAACUGCACUGGAACAGCUAACUUAGUUUCCAACAAUGAUA